AACAGGAAAGUGAAGCCACUGUCAGUCUGAUGUAGGAGGAGCUGGAGAGCAUUACAUAGGCUGUUGCCUGACUCCUCUAUGUCAUAGUCAGCGUCUGACAAGAUCACAACCAUGACGGAUUCAAACUCUUCUUCGUUCUUCCUGGACUUCAACAUGUUUUAUGAGGAGCUCAACUUCAGCUCAUAUAAUAACUGCGAGUACGAGGUAAACCCCGACACACAAGCCUGUGACUUCCUGUCCCUCCCGGGCGCAGCCAUGGUUGCGGUCAGCACUUUCUACGCCAUUGUUUUUCUCUUGGCCAUACCUGGUAAUCUGGUGGUGGGGCUGGUGAUUGGCCUCACCAAGCACUCGCUGCCCCCCUCUGACCUCUACCUACUCCACCUGGCAGUCGCCGACCUCCUGCUUGCUGUCACACUCCCCUUCUCUGCCGUCUCUGUUUCAUGGGGCUGGGUGUUUGGGGAUGCAAUGUGCAAAAUUCUCACCAUCCUCCAAGAGCUGAGCUUCUACUCCAGCAUUCUCUUCCUGACUUGCAUCAGCAUGGAUCGUUACAUCGUGAUUGUCCGCGCAAUGGACGUGCGCAAGACAAACCGCCAGCUGCUCAGCUGGGGAGUUUGUGCUCUUGUCUGGAGCGUUGGAAUCCUGCUGUCUCUGCCCGGCCUCUACUAUUCUGCCUUCAUUCCUCUCCACUCCAAUCUAACCGUGUGUUCAGAACUAUACAGCACCAACACUGCGGAUGAGUGGCGCCUGGCCACCAGAAUCCUCAGGCAUGGUUUAGGUUUUGUGAUUCCCCUGGCCAUCAUGUUGCCCUGUUAUGGUGUGACCAUCAAACGCCUGCUCCUCAUCCGUGGUGGAUUUCAGCGCCAACGGGCCAUGAGAGUGAUCGUGGUGGUGGUGGUGGUCUUUCUGCUUUGCUGGACGCCGUACCACAUCACUUUGAUGACAGAUUCCUUCUUCAGAACAAAGGUUAUUCCCUACCGGUGCCCCGCAAGGAUGGCGGUGGAUAAGGCCUUGUUUGUCACCCAGGCGCUGGGUCUACUUCACAGCUGUGUCAACCCAAUUCUGUACGCCUUUGUGGGAGAGAAGUUCAGAAGGAGGCUGCUGCAGAUCAUGAGGAAGGUCGGCUUCAUAGAGAGAGCAUCGGUGACCAGAUCUAGCAGAUCUUCUAUGUCAUCGGAAAUCACUUCCGCCAUCAUGUGAGAACAACACAGGGACUGAGUCGUCUGUGUUUUAGACACAGUGAUCUGAGCAAAGAAAGGUACAGUUCAUUCAGAAAGGACAGCUUUCCUGACUUAUCUUCAUAUCUUAGCGCAACAUAAAAACACACAGUUGUGACAAGAGCAGCAAUGAAUUUGAGACUGAAGACAACAUGUCAGAGUUGGUGUUAAACAGAGCACAGAGAGGGGUUCAUGACGAUGCUUCACACAUACAAGAGGUUUUUGUUGAGAGCAGUUUCUUAAUCUGUAGAUAAAUGGAUUUAUAGUAGAAUGUACCGGUAAAACAUGGUAUCACUGUUAAAAAUAAUAAAUACUAGGACUUUUUCAUGAAGUACUUUUUUUUAAGAGGAAUUCACCUUGGUUUUGCAUACAAAGAAAUGUUGCUCAAAGUGAUGCUGCAAUUUUUAAGGGUAUUAUGAAAUGUACAAAAUUUUCUCUUAUUUGAAUCUAAACUCUGUAGAAUUCUGGAGGAUGUUUCUGACCCCAGGUCCCCAGGUUUUCCGUUCUAUUUUUGUGUGAAAAAGGUUUCAGUUUUUGUGUAAAGAAAUCACACAUAACUAUAUCGACACCUGUUGUUUAAUCUGUUCUCGGUUCCUGUUUGUUUAAAAAUGUGAUAUUUGCUGGAGGGAGAGGUGGUAUUGUAUUGUAAUGGCAGCGUUGAAAAAGCACUGAAUCUUAUAAUAAACGUUUCCUAAUAUUUUGUAAUAUUCUGACUACAUUUCACUUUAUAUGAUUUUAAUUGUUUUUUACAUUUCCAGUCCAGGGUCUCUCUAGACCAUUCUCCUGCAGCCUGGUUAUGCUGUGGCAAAUACAUUUAUUUUUAGUGUUCAUAUUCAUUUUAACGCAACGUUUAGACUUUUCAAAGUUUCAGAAAUGUGUUUCAUUAUACAGUGUUUUUAGUGACUUUUGACAAAUAAAAUGGUGUAAAUAACA